CAGGGCCUUGGGGCCGCGGACUGGGCCUGCGGCUUGGUACAGUGGACUCCCCCGGGCGCUCAGGACGCUGCUCCGCACACAGCAAAGCGCUCAGUAAAUACUAAUAAUCGGGAGGGCGUUUGAAGUGCACCGGGGAGCGGUCUUCGGGUCUGUCUCGUCGGAAAAACUUUUCUCCACUGAACCGACGAUGGCAGACGAGGAGCAGCAGCCCCAGGAGAACCCCUUUUACUCAAAGAUGCCCAAAGUGGAGCUCCACGCCCACUUGAAUGGUUCCAUCAGUCUGGCUACCAUGAAGAAACUAAUAGCCCGGAAGCCGCAUCUUCAAAUCCAGGAGGGGAUGAUGGUCGACAAGGAAAAUAAGAGGACUCUGGAGGAGUAUUUCCAGAUGUUUCAGCUCAUCCACCAGAUCACGAACAGCGCUGAAGAUGUAUUAAUGGUCACCAGAGAUGUUAUUAAAGAGUUUGCGGAUGAUGGGGUCAAGUAUCUGGAGCUGAGGAGCACCCCCAGGGAAGAAAUUACGACAGGUAUGACCAAGAGGACUUACGUGGAAGCUGUUCUUGAAGGCAUAAAGCAGUCCAAAGACGAGAAUCUAGACAUAGAUGUGAGGUAUUUGAUGGCCAUAGACCGGCGGGGCGGUCCUGCGGUUGCCCGGGAGACCGUUAAACUUGCCGAAGAGUUCUUCCUGUCCACCGAGGAUACCGUUCUUGGCCUCGACCUCAGCGGAGACCCCACUGCAGGACACGGAAAGGACUUUUUUGAACCCCUGUGGGAAGCAAGGAAAGCUGGCCUGAAGCUGGCGGUGCAUCUCGCGGAGAUUCCAAAUCAAGAGAAAGAGACCCAAGUUCUCCUGGGGUUGCCUCCUGACCGAAUCGGGCACGGGACGUUUCUUCAUCGUUGCGCGGGAGAUUCGCCGAGCCUGACGGAGCUGGUGCGCCAGCUUCAGAUCCCCAUCGAGUUUUGUCUCACUUCGAACAUCAAAAGUCAGACGGUCCCGUCCUAUGACCAACAUCAUUUUGGAUUCUGGUACAGCAUGGGUCACCCUUCCGUGAUCUGCACCGACGAUAAGGGCAUUUUCGGUACCCACCUGUCUCGAGAGUACCAGCUGGCGGCCGAAAACUUCCACCUGAGCCAGUCCCAGGUGUGGGACCUCUCGUACGAGUCCAUCGACUGCAUCUUCGCGGCCAGCAGUGUGAAGGCCCAACUCAGGAAGAAGUGGAAUCGGCUGAAGCCAAGUCUGUUGAGCGAUUGAACUGCCGGGGCCAGCGGGAAGGGCCUCACUCCACGGGUCCCGGGCCCUCGCCUUUCCCUUCCCUCACCUGCGUAGAUUUUUUUUCUGGCAGUUUUGAUUUUGUGGAUUAUUGAACUCUGGAUUUUGAUCUGGUGGACGAUGCUGUCCCCAGAUACGGUGCUUGAGGGCUUGUGAGCGGGGCCAGAGUGGGAGCAGGUUGGGUGGCCAUCACCUGGAAGGGCUCGGGCAGACAGGGGAGCUUCCCAACGCAGGGAACCAGUCCGUUCAGCCAUCAGCAACUCUCUCAAGGACCCGGGCUUUAGGCGGCAAGUUUCAAGUCCAAACCAUGUUAUUGGUGUAUGUUCACAUUGCCACUCGAUCAUGUAAGCGAACAGCUUUCUUUUUUUAAUCACCGUCAUGAAUAUCAUUUUGAUCAGUU